ACCCGGACCAGACACAAUUUCUGUUGUCGCCUCUUCCUCCUCUUCCUCUUCCUCCUCUUCUUCACAUCCCUACCAUCAUCACCUCUCCUCCUCAACUAUGCCCCUAUCGACAGUCUUUGCCGUACAGGGCAUGACCUGCGGUGCCUGCACCUCCGCAAUCACAAACGCAGUCCAGUCUGUCGAAGGCGUAGACUCCGUCGCCGUCUCCCUCAUAACCGAGCGUGCCCAGGUCGUCCACGACGAGGACUCCGUCUCCAGCGAGGCCGUCCGAGAAGCCAUCGAGGACUGCGGCUUCGACGCUCAGAUACUCUCCUCCACCCAAGUCGAGCCCGCCUCCUCCUCCUCCUCCAUGUCCGAAUCCCAAGACAAAUCAAACCUCCCCGACACCGUCUUCAUCAAAAUCUACGGCAUGACCUGCUCAAACUGCACAAACUCCGUCGAAUCCACCCUCAACUCCCUCCCCGGCGUCACCGAGGCCCUCGUCGCCCUCGCCACAGAGGAAGCAAAGGUCACCUACAUACCCUCCCAGAUUGGCAUCCGCGACAUCAUCGACGCCGUCUCAGACACCGGCUUCGACGCCAUCCUCACAGACAUGACCUCAAACUCCACCCAGCUCGAGUCCCUCGCCCGCGUCAAAGACAUCAGAAUGUGGCGCUCCGCCGCAGCUCGCGCAAUCUCCCUCGCCGUGCCAAUCAUGUUUAUCAACAUGGUCCUCCCCAUGGCCAUCCCCAAAUGCGACUUUGGCACCUGGACCUUCCUCGUCCCCGGCCUCCACCUCCGCGAGCUCAUCUCCCUCACCCUCACCAUCCCCACCCAGUUCUACAUCGGCCGUCGUUUCUACGUCUCCGCCUACAGAUCCCUCAAGCAUGGCUCCCCCACCAUGGACGUCCUCGUCGCCCUCUCCACCUCCACCGCCUUUGCCUACUCCUGCGUCGUCAUGAUCGACUCCAUCAUGGACGCAAACCCAGACCCGCCAAACACCGUCUUCGAAACCGCGGCCAUGAUCGUCGCCUUCAUCACCUACGGAAAGUACCUCGAGAACCGCGCAAAGGGUCAGACCUCCGCCGCCCUCUCCCGUCUGAUCUCGCUCACGCCGCCUAUGGCCACCAUCUAUUCUGACCCAAAGAACAUCGCCACCAACCCGGCCGAGCGUGAGAUCGCAUCCGAGCUCAUCCAGGUCAACGACAUCGUCAUCCUCCGCCCCGGCGCCAAGGCUCCUGCUGACGGUGUCGUCGUCGCUGGCUCCUCCUACAUGGACGAGUCCCUCGUCACCGGCGAGCCCAUGCCGGUCGAGAAGGCGGUCGGCGCUGCCAUCAUCGGCGGUACCAUCAACGGUGUCGGUCGUCUCGACUUCCGCGUCACCCGUGCCGGCAAGGACACGCAGCUUUCGCAGAUCGUCAACCUCGUGCAGGACGCGCAGACCACGCGUGCCCCUAUCCAGCGUUUCGCCGACAUCAUUGCCGGAAAGUUUGUCCCCGUCGUCAUCGGCCUCGCCGUCUUCACUUUUGCUCUCUGGAUGGUUCUCUCGCACUCGCUCAAGCAUCCCCCUGUUGUUUUCGAAAGCCCCGAGGGAAAAUUCUUUGUCUGUCUCAAACUCUGCAUUUCAGUCAUCGUCGUCGCCUGCCCUUGCGCGCUUGGUCUCUCCACUCCUACCGCCGUCAUGGUCGGAACCGGUAUCGGUGCCCAGAACGGUAUUCUCAUCAAAGGCGGCGCUGUCCUCGAGCAGGCCACGCACGUCACUCGCAUGGUCUUUGACAAGACUGGAACCCUCACUAUCGGCAAGAUGUCUGUCAUCUCUCACAAGAAGACCAUGACCUGGGACGCCUCCGAGGCCAAGCAAGAACUGUGGUGGCGCCUGGUUCGCGCCGUCGAGCGCGGCUCCGAGCACCCUAUCGGCAAAGCCAUCGUUGCCGAGGCCAACGUCAUGCUCGACAACGUCAACGGAGAAGACGCAGACGAGGACAAGGAUAGCAUCGAGAGCGAGUCUGUUGACUUUGAGGCUGUCAUGGGCCGCGGCAUCCGUGGCGCUGUCAAGGUCGACAAGGAAGGCUACAACGUUGCCGUCGGAAACCUGCAGUUUAUGAACGACAGCCGCAUCGAGAUCCCGGAUUACGUCGAGCGCGAGGCUUCCUCUACGACCUCUACUGCCAUCUUUGUUGGCAUCGACGGCCAGUAUGCCGGAAACCUUUCUCUCAACGACAUCAUCCGACCGGACGCUCGUGCAACGAUCCUCGCCUUGCAAAAGCUUAACGUCGAGGUUGCUAUGAUCACCGGUGACCAGCGCGCUCCUGCGCUUCGCGUUGCCCGGGAAAUCGGUAUUCCCGACUCGCAGGUCUGGGCCGGCGUGACUCCUUCCGAGAAGCAGUCGAUCAUCAAGACCAUGCAGAUGCAGAACCCGAAAGCUGUGAUUGCAAUGGUGGGCGACGGUAUCAACGACUCCCCCGCGCUCGCUACCGCCCACGUCGGACUUGCCAUGGCGACCGGUACCGAUGUCGCGAUCGAGGCGGCCGACAUUGUCCUCAUGCGACCAGACACUCUUUUGAUCGACACUGCUGUCGCGCUCUCGCUCUGCCGAACAAUCUUCAACCGCAUCAAAGCAAACCUGGUCUGGGCCUCUGUCUACAACGUCAUCAUGAUCCCCUUCGCCAUGGGCGUCUUCCUCCCCUUCGGCUGGAGCUUACCACCCAUGGCCGCCGGCGCCGCGAUGGCUCUGAGUUCAGUCUCGGUCGUGACCUCGUCACUCGCUCUCAAGCGCUGGAAACGUCCCCGGUGGGCCACCGACGAAGGCCGUCUCGACCGCGCCGUUAGCCAGCGACGGAGUUGGCCUGUCCGGUUCUGGAGUGCAAUCUGCGGUGGCGUGCGCAAGACUGCUGGCAAAUCUAACCCCACUGGAGAGUAUGCAUUGAUCGGAUCAGAGGAGAACGUUUAAACGUUUUUUUCUUGUUAUCAUUAUUUUUAUCAUUUUUUCUCUAUUUUUUUUU